UCGAAGGCCGCCAAGAAGAAGUCCAGCAAGAAGAGAUCCGGAUCAGAGGCCGCCCAAUUCGAUCAGAAGACCAUCAAUGAAUUCAAAGAGGCCUUCGGUAUCAUGGAUCAGAACAAGGAUGGUAUCAUCGACAAGGGUGAUCUCAAGGAUCUCUAUGCUGUCAUGGGACAAAUUGCCUCGGACAAGCAAAUCGAAGAUAUGAUCAAGGAAGCCCCUGGACCAAUCAACUUCACUGUCUUUCUUACCCUGUUCGGAGAGCGGUUGACAGGAACUGAUCCCGAAGCAACGAUCAUAGGUGCCUUUAAUAUGUUCGACAAGAAGGAUUGUGGAAAGAUUAAGGAGGAAGAAUUGUUAAAGAUCCUUCAGAACAAGCGAGGAGAACCACUAGAUGAAGAAGAAAUCAAGGCUAUGUACAAGGGUAAGCCACCAAUCGAGGGCGGCGAAGUCGACUACAAGGCAUUUGCACAUCUCAUCACUACCGGAGCUCAAGAUGAACUCACUGCCGCAUAA